UUGAGGAAGUUAGCUGCUGUGAGCUUCUGCCAGCCUGUCUAGCAGCGGCUGUGUAUUGUUAACAUGUCAGUGAUGGAAGACGAAGAACUGGAAUUCGCUGAUGAUUUGGAGGCGAUCCUGCACCUCACACCGGAGGUGCAGCAAGCCAUAGACCAGGUCUUUCCUAGUCAGGAUCCGUUGGAUAGACCGGACUUCAACGCGGUGGAGUACAUCAACACCUUGUUUCCCACUGAACAGUCUCUGGCCAAUAUCGAUGACGUGGUGAACAAAAUUCGUCUGAAAAUCAGGCGGUUGGACGAUAACAUCAGGACUGUGGUGAGGGGGCAGACCAACGUGGGACAAGAUGGCCGACAGGCUCUGGAGGAGGCUCAGAAGUCCAUACAGCAGCUCUUCGGCAAAAUCAAGGACAUCAAAGACAAGGCGGAGAAAUCGGAACAAAUGGUCAAAGAGAUCACUCGGGACAUCAAGCAGCUGGACCACGCCAAGCGUCACCUGACCACCUCCAUCACCACCCUCAACCACCUGCACAUGCUGGCGGGGGGCGUGGACUCCCUGGAGGCGAUGACGCGGAGGCGUCAGUAUGGGGAGGUGGCUAACCUGCUGCAGGGCGUGGUCAACGUGCUCGAGCACUUCCACAAGUACAUGAGCAUCCCGCAGAUACGGCAGCUGUCCGAGAGGGUCAAAGCUGCACAGAGUGAACUGGGGACACAGAUAUUAGCUGACUUUGAGGAAGCGUUCCCCGCACAGGGGUCAAAGAGGCCAGGGGGGCCCAGUAAUGUGCUGAGGGACGCCUGCCUGGUGGCUAAUGUGCUGGACCCCCGGAUCAAGCAGGAGAUCAUGAAGAAGUUCAUCAGGCAGCACUUGUCUGAGUACCUGCUGCUCUUCCAGGAGAACCAGGACGUGGCCUGGCUGGACCGGAUUGACCGGCGGUAUGCUUGGAUCAAGCGGCAGCUGGUGGACUACGAGGAGAAGUACGGGCGCAUGUUCCCGGCAGAGUGGUGCAUGACUGAGCGCAUCGCCGUCGAAUUCUGCCACAUCACCAGGACGGAGCUGGCCAGGAUAAUGAGGACUCGGGUUCGGGAGAUUGAGGUGAAACUGCUGCUGUUUGCCAUCCAGAGGACCACCAACUUUGAGGGUCUGCUGGCCAAGCGCUUUUCUGGCUGUACUCUGACUGAUGGGCCUGGGCAGAAGCAGGUGGACACACCCCUGGAGCCCACAAACCCGUUCCUGGAGGACGAAGCAGGAGAUGACUGCUCCUUAGAAAAGGAGGAGGAGCUUGACAGGCCGAAGAAGCCCAAAGCUCCAGAUAACCCAUUCCAUGGCAUUGUGUCCAAGUGCUUUGAGCCGCACCUCUACGUGUACAUCGAAUCACAGGACAAGAAUCUGGGCGAGCUGAUCGACCGGUUCGUGACAGACCUGCGCUCCCAGGGCCCCCCCCAGUGUGGGAGUGAGGAGGGGGGGGCCGUGCUGCCCAGCUGUGCUGACCUCUUUGUGUACUAUAAGAAGUGCAUGGUGCAGUGCUCCCAGCUCAGCACCGGGGAGCCCAUGAUCGCCCUCACCACCAUCUUCCAGAAGUACCUGCGAGAGUACGCCUGGAAGAUCCUGUCUGGAAACCUGCCCAAGACCAGCAGCGGCAGCGGCGGGUUGACCAUUAGCAGUCUGCUGAAGGAGAAGGAGGGGUCAGAGACGGCCAAGUUCACCCCGGAGGAGCUCUGCCUCAUCUGCAGCAUCCUGAGCACAGCAGAGUACUGCCUGGCCACCACACAGCAGUUGGAGGAGAAGCUGAAGGAGAAGGUGGAUAAGGCUCUGGUGGAGAGGAUUAAUCUGACCGGAGAGAUGGACACUUUCAGCACGGUGAUCUCUAACAGCAUCCAGCUGCUGGUGCAGGACCUGGACUCAGCGUGUGACCCCGCCCUCACGGCCAUGAGCAAGAUGCCGUGGCAGAACGUGGAGCACGUUGGGGACCAGAGCCCGUAUGUGACCUCGGUCAUCAUGCACAUCAAACACAACGUGCCCAUCAUCCGAGACAACCUGGCCUCCACACGCAAGUACUUCACCCAGUUCUGCAUCAAGUUCACCAACUCCUUCAUCCCCAAAUUCAUCACUCACCUGUUCAGGUGUAAGCCAAUCAGCAUGGUGGGAGCAGAGCAGCUCCUGCUGGACACACACUCCCUGAAGACGGUUCUGCUGGACCUGCCCUCCAUCGGGUCCCAGGUGGUGCGCAAGGCCCCCGCCAGCUACACCAAGAUCGUGGUGAAGGGCAUGACCCGCGCCGAGAUGAUCCUGAAGGUGGUGAUGGCCCCGCACGAGCCGCCGGUGGUGUUCGUGGACAACUACAUCAAGCUGCUGGCGGACGGGAACCCCGACACCUUCCAGAAGAUUCUGGACAUGAAGGGUCUGAAGCGCAGUGAGCAGGGCAGCAUGCUGGAGCUCUUCAGGCAGCGGUUGCCCACCCCGCCAUCAGGGGGCGACGGCAUGCCCUCCCUGUCCUUCAGCGCCCCCACCCCGGAGCAAGAGUCGUCUCGCAUCCGCAGGCUGGAGAAGCUCAUCAAAAAGAGACUGUGAGCCCCCCACUCCACCCCCGCC